CGAACUCAAUCAACAACCAUGAAAUUCAUUGUUGCUUUCGCCGCCCUCGUCGCCGUAGCUUUGGCUGCCCCACAACAUCCAGACAAGGAUGCCCAUGUUGUGAAGUUCGACUCUGAGAACAUUGGAGUUGAAGGAUUCAAAUAUGGAUACGAAACCAGCAACGGAAUCGCCGCUUCUGAGGAAGGACAUGUCAUCAACGCCGGUACCGAGAACGAAGCCAUAGCCGUCAGUGGUGAAUUCAAAUACGUUGGUGCUGAUGGUGUCACUUACACUGUAACCUACAUCGCCGAUGAGAAUGGUUUCCAACCACAAGGCGAACACAUCCCAAAAGCUGACCACUAAACAUACCCUUUGACUUCGACAUUGAUUUCCUGUUGUAAAUAG